CUGAAUUCUCAAUGAUGUACAUGCCGUUGUCCACACAAUCUGAAUUUGUCUGAAGAUCCAAGAAAUCUUGUCUACAGAAAUGAAAUUCAAAAUGUCAGCACCUACAGAAUCAGACGAAAGUUCUCUACAACUUUGAAAAAAUAUACAGAAGCUCACUACAAUUGAGUUGCACAUCACACACUAAAUCAAAAUCAACAUUAUACUGAAUGAGUCUAAAAAUGAUCUUUGAAAGAGAGAAACAUCUUUUUUUUUCAACCAGAGCGUGGCACGGCACAAGGGUGUUGCAAGUUUCAUUUACAAGGAAUUUUUAUGGAUGCAUGUGUCGUAACUAGUCACAAUACCUCAAAAUCUUGCAUUAGACUCUUGGAGAAAUUUUUAGACUGCUUUCAUUCAGAACUUCGUGACGACGUCUUACACCCCUCUUGAAUAAUUUAGACAAGAUGAUGCCAGGAAUGGGCGGAGGCGGCAUGAUGCCAGGAGGCGGCCAGAUGGUGGUCUUAAACAAGAACACCAAGCGAGAGACUGGGCGAAAGGCGCAGAGGAGUAAUAUUGCUGCCGCGGUGAACGUAGCCAGUAUCGUCCGCACGACACUCGGACCCAAGGCGAUGUUAAAGAUGCUCCUGGAUCCUAUGGGCGGAAUCGUAUCUAUUGUUAAGGAAGAUACAAUCUCAAACCCCACCCUUGAAGAAUUAAGAUGUAUGUACCCCUAGAAUGGGUUUACUACUACUACUACUACUACUACUAUGUUGAGGGAGACUGAGCUCCUCUUGUAGGAUUGUCCAUCCUUGUGCAUAAUCACUUUUAUGAUGAUGAGAGGUUGGUGAUAAAUAAGUGAUUUAGAAGUCCAAUCAGAAAACGAGUUCUUUGCCAGAACAUACAAAUUGCUUAAAUCCCAAUUUCAGCUCCCAUCCCAAUUUCGCCCAAUCUCCCAUCUACGCAGGUUAUGACGAACGACGGCAACGCAAUUUUGCGAGAGAUUGACGUGGGACAUCCCGCAGCCAAGAAUUUAAUCGAAUUAAGCCGAGCUCAGGAUGAGGAGGUGGGUGACGGCACCACUAGUGUUAUUGUCUUAGCCGGCGAAAUGCUCUCGGUGGCAGAGCCGCUCCUCGAAAAGAACAUUCACCCGACUGUUAUCGUGCAAGGGUACCUUGAUUUGAUUAUACAACUGUAAAUUUUGAUGUCUUGAUGUUUAUGUUGAAGUGUAGCACUUCCUUUUCGUUGUGGUCGUUGUGUAGAAUAAUACUAAAAAGUAAGGUCUUCUUUCCCGAAAACAAAAAGUCUUUUCUUCUCUUCAUUCAGGUAUCUAAGAGCCCUCGAGGAUAGUCUAAGAUUGCUAGAGCAGGUCGCUAUUCCGAUUGGUAGCGAAAAAGCGAAGUUGAUUGAGGUAGUCCAAAGUAGCAUCGACACGAAAUUUGUGUCGCGUUGGGGCACUAUGAUUUCCACUUUGGCAGUGGAAGCGGCACAGUGCGUCUACGAGGAAUUGCCUUCCGGAAAGAAGGAAAUCGACCUCAAAAGGUAUGCCAAGGUCGAAAAGAUCGGAGGUGGUGACCUCGAGGAGUGCACGGUAUUUAUUUAUGACAUCGACCUAUGAGUUGAAGAAUUUAUAUAUAGUGCUCUGCUCGAACUCGUUUUGUCAUCAAAAUGAAAAUCUAUGAACUAUUUCGGUCACGACAGCAAGUUUGUAGUACCACCCUCACUCUACUUUUCAAACACAGGUCCUCAAGGGUGUGAUGUUCAACAAGGACAUUACCCAUCCCCGCAUGCGAAGGAAAAUUAAGAACCCGCGAGUCGUUCUGCUCGAUUGCCCGUUGGAGUACAAGAAGGGCGAGAGUCAAACCAACGUACUACAAUUUUAUUUUUGCUUCACUCUAAUAACAUAAUUUAUCUAGUAAGUAAAGUUAAUGAACAAGAGUGGAACAAGAUGGGGGACUAAAGAAAAACCAACAGAUUCAUCUUACUCCUCAUUUUUGCUUCACUCUUAAACUAGUAAAGAAAAAUCAACAGAUUCAUCCUGGACUUCCCCGGGUGACCCGCUUUCCUCAGUCCUACGGAUCAUUCGACAGGGGAAAAUGAAGGGAAAGGGGAGAACUUUGAAGGGGGUCCCUUCCGUUCAGAGUCAUGAUGACCAUUGAAGGCUGAGCUUUAAUCUUACUCCUCAUCUUAGGUCGAGAUCACAAAAGAGACGGAUUGGGAGGCAAUGUUGAAGCAAGAAGAGGAAGAAGUGAAAAGAUUAUGCGACGAAAUUUUGCGCGUAUCCCCAGACGUUGUUAUCACGGAAAAGGGAGUUUCGGAUUUGGCACAGCAUUUCUUGCUCAAGAAGAAUAUCUCGGUACUAUUACAGUAGUUGCCAACAUUUUUAUGUAGAACAGCUUGACGAGAAUACCAACCUCCCUGAAGAUUUAAUUUCAUAGUUCCCCAAAACGAUACGUACAACAUAUAACACGGUGGUUGAUUUUAGGUGGUCCGCCGACUUCGAAAGACGGAUAACAACCGUGUCGCAAGGGUCACAGGAGCAACAAUCGUGAACCGACCGGAAGAACUCGAUGAGAAAGACGUGGGUACAGGUUGCGGCCUCUUCGAGGUGAAAAAGAUUGGUGACGAAUACUUCACCUUUAUGACGGAGUGCGACAACCCGAAGGCGUGCAGUGUCAUACUGCGAGGUAAUAUUAAAUUAAAAUGUUGAGUUUAAACUAUUAACUCACAUGAGUGAAACAAGUUGUUUUUCUAGGAAGAUGAACUCGUGACUCAUGAUCAGCUAGUCUUCAUAAAGAAGUUUCCUUUGUGGACCAGAAGUUCUUCAUGGACCACUUCCUAAUGUUUAAAACACAAGGUGCCAGUAAGGACGUGUUAAACGAAAUGGAGCGUAACUUGCAUGAUGCUUGGAACGUUGCCCGAAAUAUCAUCUUGGAACCAAAACUCCUGCCGGGUGGAGGAGCAACCGAGAUGCACUUGAGUACCAUUCUUUGAUACUAAGAACUUUGCUUGAAUUUUGAAAAUGGAAAUGAAAUAGCAAACAAUCUUCGAAGCAAUAUUAGAGUACUCCGAUUCUUGCAUUUAAGUAUUAUAACUUGUUCAUCAUCUCUUUUUAGGUGCUAAGCUGAAGGUGCUGGCCAAGUCGCAGACUGGUACCAUGCAGUAUCCGUAUCAAGCGGUCGCAAGCGCCUUUGAGGUUAUCCCGCGCGCCCUCGCGCACAACUGUGGCGCCAGUGUCGUGCGACUCCUCACGGAUUUGCGCUCCCGACACGGCAACCCGGAUGUCGCCAGCCCCAUGGGUAUCGACGGCAACGAGGGUAAGAUCGUAGAUGCAGCGAAAGCAGGCAUCCUGGACACCUUUGCGACCAAGGCGCAGACCAUCAAGGCAGCUAUUGAGGCAGCAGCCAUGAUUUUGCGCAUCGACGACAUCGUCUCAGGCCAGAAGUCGAAAAAGGGAGGACCGGCACCACCGCAACACAGAAUGGAGGAUGGAAAUCCGAACUCCCAUCUCGAUGGAGAGGGCGAGCAGGUCAACUAAGCCUCAACUAAGUAGAGGAUCUCUUCUACGACUAUGAGGACCUCUGUAGUUGGUGGAAGAAAUAGUCACAAGACUAGAGGAUGUCUUCUACGACUACUGCUACCAUAGUAGUUAGUAGUAGAAGCAUAAGAGGUGUUGAGUGUUGACUACGACGGUUUAGUAGUCAUAGUAGAAGUAGAAGAAUAGGAGGAGGUGAAGAACAACAACAACAUCGUCGUGGUGCCACAGUUUAUACAAAGUUGAGAUUUUUGUAGUCGUUUGUGGAGACGUGAAGUCCACCCUGUUACAGGAGGCAAGGAGGACUGAUCCGCAUCCAAGGCACGAAGCGGUCUCUACUACAAUCAUAGCAGACGCAAGGAGUCGUGCAGCAGGUUUCAGUUUUUUCUCGACAUGCUGAUUCUUGCGUUGUGGCGGUCAUUCGACCGGCGGUAGCGGAGAACAACAUCAUACUUCUUCUAUUAUUUACUGUUGGCACGACUCGCCGUUGUGAAGAAGACUUAGUUUUUACCGACCUCGACUUGUGAAUCCCGCGAAUCUGCUUCUUGGAUUUCCAUGGCAUUCCAUCUUUCUUAUUUUUCGAAGUAUCACUACCAUCAUAGAGACCUUUUACUAGGACUGCAGGCAUUAUCAGAAUUACCUGGAGACGAUGUAUUUUUCAGUGGCACUCUGUAAUUAGUUUAGUUGGAAGAAAGGUUAGGGUUAUAACACGUUUUUAGCACAACUCGUCAUCUAAAUAUUGUUCUUGAUGUAUUAGCAAUCUACGAUGUACUAGAGUGUGGAUGGUUGGCACACUUUUUUUGAGUUCGACACAUCUUCCCAUGAUUUCUUUGCUCUACCCCCAACGACUUCCCCACCCACAAACGACGUAAAUCUUGCUAUUUCAAAUCGAUAUGAUCGGACGAAAAAGUUGCAAAGUGCUCAGACAGUAAAAAUUCUUCUUUGUGAAUACUUGCUGUGUUUUGAGUUUGACCUCUGAUCAUCAUUGCGUGAUCUGAUG